AUGUGUGAAUUACUUACUUUAAAGGAAGUGAUUUUUUUUCUACAAAAUGGGCAAUUUUUAGAAAUUAUUUUAAAUAUUCAAAUAGUCCAAAUGAUUGCAAAUACACAUGGUGAUGUUUUUAAACCACAAGGUAUUUCUGCAAGUAAAUCAAUUACUAUUACCAAUGUUGCAAAAUCUCAAUAUAUUGGCCAUAAUGUUUUAAAUACUUCAGGUAGUAGAUAUUUUAAUUUUAUUGAUUGGGAUUCAUCUAUAACUGGAAAGAAACCAGGUCAACCUGCUUUAGUUGGUUCCAAUGAAUUAUGGUGGAAAUUUGAUAAUACUUGUGAAUAUAAUCAGGAUUGGACUUGUUUUGUUUGUGAAAAAGGUGAUAAAGAAAUUGCAAAUAUUCAAUUUUAUGUUCCAGGUUUAAUUGAUGAAGGUGUUUUAGUUUAUGAUGAUUUUGAUAAAUUAAAUGUUUAUUGUGUUGAUUGUUAUAAUAAAUAA